GGACGAUGCUGAUGCCAAUCUACCCGGAUCGAAAAAUUCCACCUUUCCACCCCGGGGAAAGAACUGUCUCUUCGCUGAGCCCAACCUAAUCUAGGGUUCCAGCAAAAGCCCAGACUCAUGCUUUCCUCUCAUAUUUUCCAGAUCUUGAUCGCGCGCCCAAUCCAAAAGAUCUCGUCUCUCCGGAGAACAGCAAAUCUAGGGUUUCAGUAAAAGGUCCAAGUUGUACUCUCCUUCUCGCCCUCUCAUAGUUUCCAGAACAACCCCGAAGAACUCGUCUUUCCCUCGCAGGAGAAGCCAGAACAGCCUGAAACCCUGCAAUUUAAGGUACGCAGCAAAUCCUACUGCAAUCUUGGGGUGGUAUCCACUGCAUAUAUAUAUCACCUCCUGUUAACCAGUGGCGAUCGUCGAGCUUAGAGGAACGAGUAAUGACAGUUCUCUUAUUGAUUCGGGGCAUUCGUUUUUCCAAAAGUUACCAAUCGAAUGCAUCUCUGAUUCUUCCCAGUAUUUCUGUUAGUUCUCCUAUGAACAGAAGUAAUUUGAAAAAUGCUGAACGUUACUUUUUCUCUAGUUCUUCUCUUCCUGCCUUGUUUGCCAGUGCAAAAUUCCUAUUUAGCGAUUCCAAUCAGCGAAAACCCCCAUUGUCGGAUCACGGAAGUACAUGGCUUUGUCACAGAUUCGCCACUAGAAACGCCUUGAUUUUCAAGAGCCCUCUAAAUCGGCAGCAAGAUCGUUUCUUUUCUGGCACUCGAGUUGCUCUGACUGUUUCCGACUUGCAUGCAGAACCAUUUCCUAAUGAUUCUACUGGACAGAGAAUCACUCGCUCUGGCCGAAUUGAUGCUCAAAAUGCUCUCCUUGACUACCUUCAUGUUACCAGAGGCCUGCCUUUCAUGGAUGCUGAACAUAUUAGCAAGAAUUCUCCUGAGUUCCUCCAGCGUAUACUUGAGAAGAUUGGCAAUGAGCAUGAUGUGGGGAGAUCCCUCACUAGGUACCUUCGCUAUCACCCCAUCAAUGAGUUUGAGCCCUUCUUUGAAAGUUUGGGUCUGAAGCCAUUGGAAAUUCAACCCCUCCUUCCUCGUAAUUUGAUGUUCCUCAAUGAUGAUGAUGUCUUGCUCGAGAACUAUCAUACUCUUUGCAACUAUGGAGUUCCCAGAAGAAAGAUUGGUAAGAUGUACAAAGAAGGGACUGAAAUAUUCAGGUAUGAUCUUGGUGUUUUGCACUCAAAGCUUUGUGCUUAUGAAGAACUUUGGCUCAGCAAAUCUACCAUUAUCAAGCUUGUUACAUGCUGUCCUACACUUUUAGUUGGUGGUGUAAAUGCAAACUUCCAUAAGGUUGUUGGGAAAUUGAAGAGCCUAGGUAUUGAGCUGGAUUGCAUCCGAGGAUGUUUGUCAGAUAAGAAAUCGUAUAAUUGGAAAUGGAUUCUUGGUAUGCUGAAUUUUCUUGAUGGAAUUACCGAAUUGUCUUCUCUGGUUAGAAACAACCCAAAUUUCGUUUUUGAUGAUUCUGGAAAGAAAAUAUACAUUUUAGUUGCAAUCCUGUUAAAGCUGGGUCUUAGAAAGCCCAACAUAUUAGUUUUAUUUGCGAAGUACCCUCAAAUCCUGGAUGGGAACUUCACAAAAAAAUUGUUGCAGUCUGUGCAUUUCUUAGCAGAGAUUGGAAUGCCAAGAGAUGAUAUUGGCAGCAUUUUAUCAUCCCAUGCUCAAGUUUUGGGUUCUUGUUCGUGUAAGAAACCUGAUGCUGUUUUGGCAAGCCUAAAUAUAUCCGAUGUAAGGUUGUGUGAGAUUAUAAAAGAAGAUCCCAGUCAGUUUGGAACAUUAGUCUCAAGUAAAAAGGUUGAUGUUCUGGUUCCCAGUAAAAUCAAGGGACAUUUUCUUCAAGAAAAGACGGAUUUCUUGAUGAAGCUGGGGUUUAUAGAAAACUCUGAUGAAAUGGCUAAAGCACUGAGCAAGUUUGUAGGAAGAGGAGACAAAUUGCAAAAGCGAUUUGACUUCUUAGUGAAUGCUGGACUAGAUUGCAACAGUAUCACUCAGAUGCUUAAGGUAGUUCCUGCCAUACUUAAUCAGUCAACAGAUACACUUGGGAAAAAGAUUGACUAUCUUCUGAAUCACUUGGGCUAUUCAAUCGAGUCACUUGUCCAGUUUCCAGGAUUUUUGUGCUACAGCAUAGAGAAGAUGAAGCUGAGGUUUACUAUGCAUGCUUGGAUCAAAGAAAGAAAGAUAAUAUCAUCUAGAAAAAAUAGGAAAAUCGGCCGCUCAAAUGUGGCCUUGAGUACGAUUCUCUCGUGCUCAGACAAAAGGUUUGUGAAAUCUGUUGUCAGUCUUCAUCCAGACGGGCCUAAUGAAUGGGAGAAGUUGAAGAAUUCCUUUGCAUCAUAAUUAGAAGUUUAGGAGCAUUGUCCUACUGUUUACCAGUUUUCAUCCUUGCAAGUAUUCGAUGUUCCUUUGUCACAAAUUCUUCAAAGUGAUAAAAGCAAUGAUCGGUUUCUGAUGAGCUCUAUUCAUCCUAUGAGUGCGCUACCUGCUUCUCUAAAUUAUAGAUCUUCCCAAUCCUUGUAUCUUAUUCACUUAUUUGGCCAUGCUCAGUUAUUUUCUGGCUUAUUGGGCACCAUUUAAGGAUCAGUUUGUGUUCCAGGGCCACAAUGGCAUCUUAUUGACUUGUAGCAUCUGCUUGUUUCUCAUAAUGAUAUAGCAUCUCUGAGGUUGCAAGAAGCAUUCCAUGUUUAUAUAACUUUAGUUUUGUUAAUUAUGAAUUUCUCUGUAACAGAAAAA